UAAACAACAGUACCUACGUGAUAAUUUAUUAAAAAACGAUAUGUGGUAAUUAUGUUUAAAAUUGUCAAAAAAAAAUGUGUUUUAAAUAAAAAGAUAAUUUGGAUCUUUCUAAAUAAUUAAUGGUUGCACAUUGCAUAUAAAGUUAAUUUUAAUUCUAUGACAUGAUCAAACAUGAAAUAAAAAAGGUUUAAACGUGCGUACAUACAUACAUACAUAAAUAUAUACAUAUAUGGACUUUCUAACAGCACAAAAUAAUCGAUAUUUACAAAUAAGAAUUUUAGCAAAAGGUGUAAAUUAAAAAAUAACUGAUACAAGGAAAUUGUUCUUAAAGAAUUCAUAAUGGGUCAAAUGACUAGUAGGCUAAGAUAUCCAUUACACGCAUAUACUGGUAGCGUUGCAGAAAUUAUAACUGGUCGAAAAAGAAAAAGAAAUGAAGAUUCUGAUAGUUCAAAUGAUGAAAAUAAUAGUGCAUUAGAAAAAUCUUUAUCAACACCAAAAAAGAAAAAACUUCUUACAACAACUCAAUAUAUUUAUCAAGCAUUAUAUAAAGAAGAAAAAAAUUCAGAUGUAACAGUUUUAGCGUUGGGAAAAGCAUGGCGGUUGCAUAAGGUCUAUUUAUGUCAGAGCCCUUAUUUUUUUAGCAUGUUUAAUGGAUCUUGGAAAGAAUCUUGUCAAGAUUUCAUACAUAUUAGAAUAGCCGACAAUAAAAUAACUUUAGAUGCACUUGAAGCCGUUUUUGGUUCAUUUUAUUCUGACGAAAUUGAAAUUGAACCGAAAAAAGUCAUAUCAAUAUUAGCAACGGCAACUUUAUUUCAAUUGGAAGGUAUCAUUGAUAAAUGUAGCGAAGUUAUGACGGAAACAACAAAUGCAGAAACAGCAAUAGAUUAUUAUGAAGCAGCAUGUCAAUAUGGUGUGCAAAAUGCAAAAAAAGCUGCAUUUGAAUGGCUAGAAACAAAUUUAGUUGGAUAUUACUUCAAAUAUGUUAAAUAUUUAAAAUUAAUUAAUGAAGAAUUAAUAACUGCCUUAUUAUCCAGCCCGAAUUUAUAUGUUUUCCAAACGGAAUUUUCGUUAUACAUUCUGUUAAGGCUAUGGAUGUAUUUAAAAUUUUUUCCAAAUUAUAAACCAGAUGAUGAUUUUUGCAAAUUACCUGGAAAUAAUCCUCAAACUUAUUUUGCUGAACGAUCUGAUAAGACUCCAUUUCUGCAUACUGCUGAUGGUCGUGAAUUUAUCAAACCUUUUCAAGCCUUACGGAUUCAACAUUUGUUGAAUCAUAACAUUGACUUAAAAUUAGUAGUACAAGAUAAUAUAAUUCCAAUGGAAUGGCUUCAUCCACAUAUAAUGAGCCAUUGGUCGUCUGUAUUAAAAGUUGAUCAUUAUGCUGAAGAAGGGCCAAAAGACCUUCAGGAAGAAAUUUUCUUAAAAAAUUCAAUGCGUUGCGGACGUGUACUUCAAGAUCCAUCAUAUCAAAAAUGGAGAUGGACAGGUUUUAAUUUUGGUUUAGAUCUUAUUUUGAUUGCAGAUUCUGGUGUUUUAAGUAUAAAAAGGCAUCACAGAAAUGAAUAUGAACGUCUACUUAGCUUAAAAAACAAGCGUCAAUUUAUGAUUCGAGUAACAAUUACUUCAUUAAAUGAACAGCGUCAAAGAAGUUAUUCUCAAACUACUGGAAUUAUGUCAUUAGAAUUAGAAAAAAACGAAGACGUUAGUUUGUUAAUGAUGCAUCCAAAAUUAGUACAUCCACUUCUGAUCUCAGUCAAUCUAUUAAUAAACCCGCCGAUACCAGAAUUAAAACCAAUAACUGAAAACUCAUCAGAAGAGAAAAACUCAAAUCCAAUAUCAGAUAUUGGAGAAAAUCUUUCGUUAGCAAACAAUGGUAAUAGUUCCAGGUCAAAUUCACCAACAAGAAUUGGUGCGGGGGAAAGCGACGAUAGAAAUAAUAAUGUUGUAGGAAACUUUUAGGAUAAUUCAAAAAUUUUCUUCUCAAUAAUACUUCGAAUUAAGUGUCGUUCUGCAUUUAACAAUGUAAAAAAUCAAUCUCGUAUUUCAUUAAUUAUAUUUAUGUUUUUUUUUUUUAUUUUGAACUAUUUAAAUAAUAUACACCAACAUAAGUUUUUAACUGGAAUUCUGAACCUAAAUAAUUUUAAGGUAGAUGUAAAAUUUUUAUUCCAUUUUGGGAAUAAGUUAAAAUUAUUUUCAAUUUUUAAAGAUUUGAAAAAAAAGACGUUCCAAAAAAUUUAAAUUAAUCGCUACAAAACGAUAAAGUAAUAUGUAUAUUUUGCAAAAGAUGCAAAAUAAUUUAUUUUAUAAAUUUUUUUUUUUUUAUGUAAGCCAUUAUCAUUAUAUACAUAAUUUUUUUCAUUAAUUUUGUAACAGAAGAAUAACUUUAGUUUUUUUUGUAAAGGUGCGAUAAAACAAAAUCAACUGUGAAUAAAAUUAUAAAGUUUAAAACAAUUCAUUCUUUAAUAAUUUUGUAAAUAUACAUAUGUAUGUAUUAAAAAUAAAUACGCACACAUACAUACUGACAUGUGUUAUGUAUAUAUAUAAUUGCACUUAGUUAUGCACAAAUAAGAAUUUACAUAUAUAAA